ACUAUUCAGAUCUAAACCGCCCAUUCAAAAUUUUUCGUCGUCUUCUUCAGAAUUUUCUUCAGAUUUUUCAGAUUCUCACUCAAAUUUCUGAGAAAAUGAAGGUUGUCGGAGCAAAUAUUCAUUUCCAGAAGUUAGAAGCCAUGUGCUCGUCAUCAACAUUCUUUCAAAGCUAUCUGGAAAUGAUAGCCGCUCAAGAACUCUCCGAAUUUCUUCAAAUGGAGAUUCGCCUCAAAUUCGAGGAAGUUCUUGAAUUCUACAGAAAUGGAGAGGUCAAGACUACUCAUUCAAAGAAGGACCCACAGAGGACGUUUUCGGUCAUCAAGUCCACUAUUGGAGGUACGAAAGUGAAGCUUUCACAGAAGAAAUUGGGAGAAAAGCUUCGCCUUCCCAAUUCUGGAGUUGAAAUCGGGAAAUUUCCAGCCAAAAAUCUGGACUGGAACAUUAUUGGAAUCUCUGGGCAAAUUCCUUCUGGUCCAGCGAAGAAAGCAGAUCUAAACAACGAUUACAAGUUGGUUUUGGAACUGGUCAUCGCCUGCCUCGAAUGUGGAAGUGGAGGUCAUGCCGAUGACAUCACCCAGGAGAGAGCCUUCAUCAUCAACUCUCUCAUUACCAAAACUAAG